UUGGCUGCUCUCUCUGAAAAACGACCACUUUCUCUCUAAUCUCUUUCUGUUAUUUCUUCUUAUACAUCUCACACCGAGAACGUUAAAAAGGUGCCCUCUUAUGGAUAAGCAACUCAGGACGAAGCAAACCAAGACCAACCCUGUUCUUACUUCUUCUUUGUCUAAAGAAGUGAGUAGUCUUGAUCGGCAAGCUGUGAACAUGAAUCUAGAAGAAGAAGAUUUGAUCUGUAGAAUGCAUAAUCUUAUCGGUGACAGGUGGGAGUUGAUAGCUGGGAGGAUCCCAGGAAGAACAGCAGCAGAAAUUGAGAGAUUUUGGGUCAUGAAGUAUAAUUGAAUUCUCUGAAGUUUCACUGAUUAAUUUUAAUUUCCCAACUUUGUAAUAAUGAAGUUUUCUUAAAAUAAACCAUUUAAAUAUCGGUCCUUCCUGUGAAUGAAACAGAAUUGGGCUUCUUCCAGUAAAUAAGGCCGACGAGUCUAGUAUGUAGGCCAUAUUAUUAACUAUGAUACAACAAAUAUGA